AUGUCGUACACCUACCUGCACGCGACGACGCCGUCCUCCCUGCCCUCCGACUACGCCCUCCUCUCGCGCUAUUCCGCCGCUCAGGGCAUUCAAGAGCCUGAACUUCCGAGCGAGGUCGAGCCCGAGGAGCUCUUCAGCGAGUCAGAAGAAGAGGGCUCGACGUCCCGCACACGACGUACGCUCGCCAUCCCUCGCCCGGGCUCACGGACCUCUCGACGCAGCAGUUUCCCGACCUCGUAUAUUGCGCCCUUCCAGCCGACGACAGGCCCGUUGCCAGAUAAGUCUGGCUAUCGCUCAGGCCCUGCGGACCUCGAGGCAAUGGAGAAUACACCGCUGCUGGCGCCGCUCGUACCCAGAAUAGAAGAGGAGGUAGAUAGAGAGGAUGAUGAGCUCGAGUCGAGGGAACAUCCGCUUGGCAUGUAUCGUGAGGAGUUAGGCAUACUCAUGAAGUAUACAUUGCCAGUAUUCGGGACGCAUGUUCUGGAGUAUUCUCUGGUGAUAGCAUCCGUUGUGUCCCUUGGACAUCUAUCCACGACCGCGCUCGCCGCAUCGACAUUAGGCUCGAUGACGGCGAGUGUGACAGGUCUGAGCAUCGUGCAAGGUUUCACGAGUACGCUUGACACCAUGCUGCCCAGUGCGUGGACGUCGUCUCAGCCUCAGCUCGUUGGUCUAUGGUCACAGCGGAUGGCGGUUGUGAUGGCUGCUGUUCUUGUUCCUAUCAUUUUCAUUUGGUUCAGCGCCGAGACGAUUCUCCUCUUCCUCAAGCAAGAUCCCGAGGUAGCCCACCUAGCUGCACUCUAUCUGAGAUGCCUGAUAAUUGGUCUUCCUGCAUAUACCUUCAACGCCAUUUCUAGGCGGUAUUUCCAGUCGCAGGGACAUUUCACAGUACCCACCCACAUCAUCCUUGUUGUUGCGCCCAUAAAUGCCCUUCUUAACUAUCUCCUUGUCUGGGGUCCUAAGCCCUUCGGUCUCGGGUUCAUCGGCGCACCCAUUGCGACUGCCGUUUCCUUCAAUCUCAUUUCUCUCGCGUCCAUUGUGUACGGCAUCUUUUUCGUCCCCAAGACGGCGUGGUACCCGCUUUCUCGUCGAUGCUUCACCAGCUUGGGUGUACUGGUCCAUCUAGGGCUGGCUAGUGUUGGUCAAACGGCAUCCGAAUGGUGGUCUUGGGAGCUUGUUAGUCUCGCGGCCAGCAUGCUCGGCCCCAUCGCCCUUGCCACUCAGUCGGUAUUGCUGGUAUCAGCCUCAACAACUUACCAGGCACCAUUCGCUCUUAGCGUCGCCACCUCUGUCAGGAUAGGUAACCUGCUCGGAGAAGAGAAGGCUAAGCGUGCAGGUGUCGCCGCAAAUGUGUCCAUUCUAAUGUCUUUGGCAAUCAGCUUGAUUUGGAGCACGAUGUUCAUGGUCUUUAGGAAGUCUUGGGCGCAUUUGUUCAACGACGACCCAGAGGUUGUUGUGCUCGUAGCAUCUAUUCUACCGCUCGUCGCGCUCUUUCAAGUCUUCGAUGGUCUCGGAGGUGUCACAGGAGGCAUCUUGCGAGCGAUUGGAAAACAGUUCACCGGUGCCCUACUGAAUCUGACCGCCUACUAUGUAAUCGGCAUCCCGUUUGGCCUCUGGCUGACGUUCUGGAGAGGAAUGCAACUGUAUGGGUUGUGGAUCGGGCUGACGGUUUCACUUGUGUACUGCGCCGCGAUCGGCGUGUGGAUAUGUGUGCGCACCGACUGGGAGAGGGAGGUGGAGAAGGUGAGACAGCGUCUCGCGAUUGAUCGGGAUCGCGGGAAGCAUGUUCAGGGCGAUGUGGAGGGGCAGAGUUAA